GCUCCGGGUGCACUUCCGGCGUCCGUACGCCUUCUUCGGCGUUCUCUUGUUAAUGGUCGGCGGCGGCCGCUGAGUGGGACGCAAAUAACCGCUGCUGGGGAAGUCUCACUGCCUCCAGUUUUCCGCUCGCUGCUAGUGCCCGAGCUCGCCAGCAUGUCCGUGGUGCCGCCCAAUCGCUCGCAGACCGGCUGGCCCCGGGGAGUCACCCAGUUCGGCAACAAGUACAUCCAGCAGACCAAGCCCCUCACCCUGGAGCGCACCAUCAACCUGUACCCUCUUACCAAUUACACUUUUGGUACAAAAGAGCCCCUCUAUGAGAAGGACAGCUCUGUUGCAGCCAGAUUUCAGCGCAUGAGGGAAGAAUUUGAUAAAAUUGGCAUGAGGAGGACUGUAGAAGGGGUUUUGAUUGUCCAUGAGCACCGGCUACCCCAUGUGUUACUGCUACAGCUGGGAACAACGUUCUUCAAAUUACCUGGUGGUGAGCUUAAUCCAGGAGAAGAUGAAGUUGAAGGACUAAAACGCUUAAUGACAGAGAUACUGGGUCGUCAAGAUGGAGUCCUGCAGGACUGGGUCAUUGAUGACUGCAUUGGCAACUGGUGGAGACCAAAUUUUGAACCUCCUCAGUACCCAUAUAUUCCUGCACAUAUUACAAAACCUAAGGAACAUAAGAAGUUGUUUCUGGUUCAGCUUCAAGAGAAAGCCUUGUUUGCAGUCCCUAAAAAUUACAAGCUGGUAGCUGCACCACUCUUUGAACUGUAUGACAAUGCCCCUGGAUAUGGACCCAUCAUUUCUAGUCUCCCCCAGCUUUUGAGCAGAUUCAAUUUUAUAUACAACUGAGUUGCUGCACAGCAGAGAAGUAAGAGAAGCCGUCUCUGUGAGCACAGCUAUGCACAGUGGAGAGUAAAUGUCCCUGAAGUUUUUUUUGGUGUUCUCUCUUUCCCAGUCCUGAAAUUACCACCUACUUUCUAUUGUCUGAAUAGUAAAGUUAAUAUGAAAAGCUAGAUUGUGCUGUAAACAAAUGUGAUAUUGUUCAGUUUACUUUUGGUUCUACACAAAUAUUUUUUGUACAACAUUAAAGAAAGUGGACUUCUUUCUAUUUGUUUUUUUGUUGUUUUGUUUUUUAAUUUCACAUUAAACUUGUAAAAUUCUUACAGCCAAGGAUUCCUUUUCCCCAACUAGGCAGGUGAAUGUUAAGAUAUAAUGCCAGAUUAAGGUCAAUCAAGCCUGUGGGACUCUUCACUCUGAUACCAUUCUUGGGGGUAUACUUCCAAGACCAUGUUGUAGAUUUUUGUGAUGAGGAUCGUCUGUUACUUUGGGGAACUACAUUUGCUUGAUUGAAUCCAAGGUGCAACUGCUAUACCAAUUUUACACUCUUUAUGAGUUAUAUCACAGCAGAACUCCAAGUAUAUUACUGAUGAGUACAUUUUAUACCAGCAUAGCUAGACCUUAUUUCACAAGCAACAGACAUUAGCCAUACAGGAAACUGUUAAAAUUGACUAGGUCGGGGAAAGUCGUGGGAAUUGAUAUAAAAAGAGAUCCAGGGCUCAAUUAACCUCCCCCCCCCAUAAUGGAAGUAUUUAUUAUCUGUGUUCUUGUGAAAUUAUGUGUCUUAGUUAUUUUUAUGGCUGUGGUGAAAUGGUGAUCUGUGAAGGAAGUUUCUAAAAGUGGGUCUGUUAGGUUUUGAACUCUUGGAUUAUAAAGUUUGUUAUUUCAAUUAAUGUGGAGUUAUAGCCAACAAGAUGAAAGUUUGGUUUUAAAAAGUGACAUAAAGCCUUUUCAAAUAUAUUUUGGAAUAAUCAGAAUUAGAUUUUGUCAGCCUAAGAGAAAAAUACCAAAUUUAAGAAUCCUAAAAGCGCAGUUAAAUUAGGAUCAAAUUUGAGGGAAUAAAAAAAAUUCUUAAGGCAAAAGAAUUGGCCUUGUUACUGUUUAAUAGUAUAUUGUGUAUGCCUUAUUAUAAACGGUUGAUUGUAGGUUUAGUGUAAAGGAAGUCUUAUAAGAUGCAGCUAUUAAAAUAGAUUGCUAGUUAUGUUUUUCAUAGAAAUAAACUUUUGGUUAGUUGUACAUCUUUAUGGUACUGAUGACAGAGCUAUUCUCCUAAAUGUUGGGUGAUGUGAAAGAUACAUCAUAUAUUCUUCCUAUUUAGGCUUGAGAAAAUCAGACCAAGAGCAACUGAGCAAUUUUAAACAUUAAACCUUAUUUAGGUGAGGUCCUAAGAAACCUUCACACAGUUGUGAAUCGAAUAGUGCGAAUCUAACUCUGCCUACUGAUAGGUGAGCACCUGUCUCCAGGACCAAAAAUAACCAGGGAUCUCCUUUGAAAGAGCCCCUGUCUCUAUGGAUAGUCCCCCUCCUUCAAGUAUAACAGUUCUGCCGUUCUGCUUCACAUUCACAUGUUCUAACUAACUAAUUUUACUAUUGAGCUCACUGAUGCAUCCUACAAGAUUGGAGAAGGCAGAGAUGGACUUGGCCCGAUCUCCAGCCUAACCUUCCAUAAUUGUUUCUGGCCUCCAAUUGAAAAGCUACAGUGACCACUUUUCAGGUGUGUUAGCUCAUGCCCUUUGGGGAAGGUGAAGAGAGGCACACUUUUUCGUGGUGUGAUGUGAAGUGUUGUCAGUAAGGAGUGUUAGAGUUGAAACGUCAUCCAGUUCGAGGCCACUCAUGUUCUUUUGUAACUCAAGCUUUGGCCUAGGAAUCCUUUCUUGAUCAUUACUUCCAGUAGUAUAAGUGCUUGAUUGAUCCAUACCUUGGAGCUUACGUGACAAAAAUAGUAAGCUGGAGUUCCUAACCUUGAAAUAUAGUAGACCUGAUUUUGAGUUAAAAUUCAUAAUACAAACACAUUUUAAAACUUGUUUUUGAACUUGUUAUAAUUGUAUCCCAAUGCUCUCGCGUUAGGUUUCCUGCUGAAAAUAGAACUAGGGAAGUUCAAAUUUGAGGUAGUCCAUUAGAAAGAGGGUACGAGGUACUGUUUAACACUUUGAUAUGUAAGUUCUUAUCAUUUCUUCAAGAACUAACAGUCUUAAAAUGUUCAUUCCAAUUAUUUACAUAAUCAAUAUUGACUAGUUUUAAAUGACUUAUAUGUUUGAAUGCCUUGUUUUCCAGGUUUGUAAAUGAAAGCCUUUUGCAUUGUAUAAUUAGAAUAUAUGCUGUGUUCUUUUCCCUGAGUAAGUAGUGCAUAUUCUACAUAAAACUACUAAAUGGCAUUGGAAAGUGUUCAGUAGAUUGAGGGGAAAAAAAUAAAGUUUUACUCAAAUGUUUUAAAUCAUAUUUAUGAUUGACAUCCCUUUGAAGAAAAGUGAAAUUUGUGGUUUUUUCUAUGUGAUGAAUACUUGUGAUUUUUUUAAGUGGGUGAUACGUAAAAUAGCAUAAUGACAGUUCUGUGUCUGAAUCCAUCUUUUGACAGCAGUUAAAAGGUUUUUUUACUUUUUAUCAUUGUCUUCCCAUGUAAUUAUUACAGCAUUGUGUGGUGCAGUAAUUCCUUUUUUAUGUUUAAGGAUUUUGUUGAGUUAGUAUUUUAUUUGGAUCAAACAUAACCAAACUAGCCAGUCUGUUUUCUUAUAUGUUUAGUCAGAAGUGAGAGGUGGAGUUCCUCAGAUUGUGCAAACCAGCCAGCCAUUCACUUAAAAUUUCCUUAAAUAGUGUGACUCUUAUGCUUUCAGUUUUUUAAUGCCUGUUUUUUAAAGUACCUGCUCAGUCACUUGAGACGAAAUGCUUGGAGUACAUUUUCCUCCUUGGAGUUCCUCAAACUUGAUGUUUUCACCCAUUCAUAGUGUUUGGAACAGUUUAUGCCCCUCACUAAGACCACUUCCAAGAGCACGAAAUUUUGCAUAUUGCAUUUGCCAGAAGAGGCUUAGUGGGCUCUGACUGUGAUACAAGUCAGUGUUUAUAAGUGUAAGGUUUGGCUUCCCAUAAUUAUUCCACAUGGUUUACAUCACUCAUUAUUUGGGUUAAAAUGGACUCAUUUGAAGCUAUUUGCUUUUGUUAAAUACAUAAUGAGAAGCAUAAUACUGUAAUUUUACUUGAGCCAUAAAACACACUUUAAUAUUAGCUUUUAUUACAUUUAUCUAGCUUGUUUUGGGGAAAAAGAAAACUGACUAAAACCUAAGUAAGUCUAGAUUAAACCAGGUAAGAUGUAAUUUGUAUUUUAGUGUUGGAUUGUAUUGAGACGAGUUAAGUUGGGAAGAUGUAUCAUGUUCUUUUAAGGGAAAGAUCAGUGCUUUAAAAACUUUAACUGGUUGCUGUGUUCACAUCAUAGUGUACAGGAAUCAUUUAUAGUUUGACUUUGAGAAUUACUCUGGCGUUAAGUUUAUAGAAAAAUGUAUAAAAGAAACAAGUUUUGGUUAUAUUUUUAUAAUUGUAAAGUUAAAGUUUGAUUAAAAUGUUCACUGUUCUUUUUUUAUUUUAUUUUAUUGUCAUUUCAAUAAAAAAAUUAAAACAAUGACUGAA